AUGUUGGUAACAAGGGCCCUAUGGAGUCAAGAUCAUUAUCCGAAAAAAAAAAUUACACUAUGCAAGGGUAUCCCAAUAACGACAUUGGACUAUGCUGAAUCUUUUCUGUUGAAUUCUCAAAAAUAUUCAGAAGAACAACGAAAAGAAGUUACACAAAUUGUCAAAUCUAAAAUCAGAAAAAAAAGUAGAUGGAUUGCCGCACAUUACAUAGAUCUUUUCCUUAAAAGAAAUAAUCGUUGGCUCCAAAUGUCAUUUGAAAUACCACAAACAAAAUCACGACCAGGGCGCCCACAGAAAUCUUUUAGUAAUAUUAGCGAGCGAAGUAAAAGACGAAAAACAGAAGCAUUCCGUGGUGAAAUAAGCUCUGAAGAGUUGACUUUUGACACUCAUACGAAGUUACGUUCUGAGGGCAAGACUGAUGCUUCAAAGGUGAUAAAAGACCUAAUGCAAUCUCUAACGCGAGCAAAAAAUAUCGAAAUGACGGAAAGCAUCAACCGUAUUAACCCCAAUGAAAGCAUUGUCUAUGUUUGUCGAAGCUGGCCUGACUACAAGACAGUAUGA